AGACGAGCUCCCCGCUUACGACGAUAGUGGUGCCAUUUCGAUCACGAGAAUGACUGAGAGUUCAGCUGCUGGCGGCGCUGCCGCCAAGCUUGCAGGUCCUAACGGCACCAGCGACACAGCGGCGUCAUCGGCGGCGGGGAUCCCCUUCUACGAGAAACAGAGGCAGCAUCUUAAGGAGUUGAUCGCUCGUCGCAGGGCGAUGGAGAAGAAGCUUGCCGCGGUGGAAGACCUCAUCCACACCAAAGAAACAGAGUACCUCGAAUCCACGCCCAGCGGAAACAUCGUGAUUGGCUUCGACAACUACAUCAAGGGCGCGAGCAGCGCGGCGGCGCAGAGGCGAAAGACGGGGCCGCCGGACCAGAACCGCGUCUUCUCGCGGAGCUCCGUGUCGUAUAACCCCACCGCAGCGGACGUGCAAACACCAGCCUCGACACCGGCCUCGCACGCGCCAACGCCGAGCUCGAGUAGUUUUGGAAACAAUAACAGGGACGGACCGUCGGGCGCGCCUACGCCGGCAAGUACGGCUGGCGGAGGAGGGAGGGCUAACGCGUCCAAGAAGAGCAAGAAGAAUGCUGCUGCUGCUGCGGCGGCGGAUGAUAGCGAGACGGAUAGUAGAGAGGCAAAGAAAAUGAGGACGAGUUUUGGGGCGAGGAAGUGAGGAUUACCCGUCGGUCGGUGGUGUGGUAUUUUGUCUUUUGGAAGGUCGGCGUUCUGGGAUUCUUGGGAUGGGUUACAGGAGGUUGGGUGAUACUCUGGUGUUUGCGGGAAAAUAAGUAGUCGGAUACAGUAAGAUGGGUAAGGUAUACGGAUUACACAUUGGGCGUUUACUACCUUGUCUAUCUAACUGGGACGGCAUUAGAGGUGAGAGCAUACCAAGG